AUGAAAAUCAAGCCGCAGAAGACUACGGUAGCUGAUGCAACUGUCGUGAUUUUGGGUAAUUUCGGACUUCGAGAAGAUGAUUCCAAGAUUAUUAUGUAUACUUUUGACUCCUAUGACAAUGUGAAGGUCCUUAAAUGCGAAGAUUAUGUUUACCCAGAAAGAAUUUCAACUUUUCCGUCGUUAGCUCCAAUUUAUGCUUCAAUCGUUGAUCCUUCUUGCCAGUCGUUUGUGGUCGUGAAGAAUCAAUCAGCCAAUGGCAAUCGUUCACUUUCAGUACCUCUAGUCCUUGGCCUUUCGGACUCCUAUCAAGUCAAUCAGAAUUGGAUUGAUACGGUUGCUCUACCAUAUGUGAAAAGGCAGUUUUUCAAAGAAACUCUUACCGACGAAGAUAAGGAAGCUCUUCAAUAUGAGGUUUUGCGAGCCAUGAAAAAGCUUGAUCUUUGGAAACUUCCCGAGAUUUUAAUCAUUCAUCUGAAGCGUUUCAUUUACACUUGUUGGAACAGAGAAAAGUUUGAUAUUCAAGUCGAGAUUCCUGUGCGUGGCUUCGAAUUAAACGAUAAGCUGGCCAAUACAUUGCAUGAACAUGUUCAAGAUGACCUUAUUGCAAUGUCGCAUCACAGUGGAGGAUUGGGCGGUGGUCACUAUACAGCAAGUGCGCUCAAUCCAAAUGGCAAAUGGUAUGAAUUCAAUGAUUCGUGCGUUUCGGAGAGAAAUCCUCCAGAUGACCGAUUGAAAGCCUCCUCUCCCUACAUGCUUGUAUAUCGCAGGAGGUCGCCAAAGCAUUUUCAUCUCAAU